AUGGAAGUAGAUAGGCUGUUGAGAGAUUUGGGAAAGUUUGGCAAAUGGCAGAUCUUAAUAAAUCCUAAAUUCCCAGGCUAUCAGCCUGCACACCGCUGCAAAAUUCCCACAAACUCCAGCCUGGACGAUUGGAUCCCUCACGAUGACAGCAGCAGCAACAGCCACGGAAUGAAUGCAACUCAGUGGUCCAAAUGUGAGAUGUACGUGAAUGCGAGCGUGAACAAUGAAACGAGUGAAUGUUUGGAUGGAUGGGAGUAUGAGGACGAAGAGAUAGGCGAUGGUUUGCUAACUAUCGUCAGUCAGUGGGACUUGGUGUGCACCAGGGACUUCCUCGUACAAACAUCGCAAGUUGUCCUGGUGCUGGGAAUAAUGUGCGGAUCGAUCGCCAUAACCAUCAUCAGCGAUAGAUUUGGAAGAAAACCAGUCUUCAUAACAUGCCAGAUGUUGUUGGUUCUCUUUGGCAGUUUGUCCGCUCUUAUGCCGAACAUUCAUUGGUUCAUUGUCUCCAAAUUUUUCAUCGGAUUGGUUGAACAUGGAGUCACGAUGAUAGGGUUCGUCCUGAUGUACGAGCUGUUCACAGUCGACGAAAGAACGUUCCUCGGUCUCAUUGGGGGAAAUUUUUGGGGUUUCGCGUGCGCCCUCAUGCCUAUUUUUGCUUACUUCAUCAAGAACUGGACCUACUUUCAGCUGUUCAUCAGCUUGAUCCCUCUCACCUUCAUCCCAUUAUUCUGGCACGUUUGCACGCUCUUCCCAGAGUCAGUGCAUUGGCUGUAUGCGAACGAUAGAAUGGAUGAAGUGAAUGAAGUUCUGAAGAGUGCAGCUCGGAUGAAUAAAGUUGCAGCACCACUUGUCAACGUUUCCAACAAAGUUACAACGAAAGAAAUGAAAGAUCAAAAAUUUUUACGAGAAGAAAAGUUGUUUGUGCCAUCUUCAGUGGAACACCGAGCUGUCCGGUACACGAUGGCCGACCUGUUCAGGAAUGCAACGAUGUUGAAGCAUCUUUCCAUCUGCGUCGUUGCCUGGACUUCAUGCACGCUGGUGUACUACGGUCUGACGUGGAGCACAGCGCAGUUGUCGGGCACCAGGUACUGGAACGCAUUUUUCAACGGGUUGGUUGAGAUGCCCGCUUACACGCUUUCCUACUUCAUCGUCAUCAGAUUCGGAAGACGAAAUCCCAUGGCAACUUUUUUCUUGAUCGAUGGAUCCAAAGCCUCGAUGUGGGUGACUGCAUUGAAUCUGAUUGGGAAGUUUGGGAUAACGGGAGCAUUUGGGAUUUCUUUCAUCUAUGUCGGUGAACUUUUUCCAACAAAUCUCAGAAUCUUUCAAAUGUUGAAAUGUUGUAGAAGCCAAGCGAUGGGUCUCUGCUGUCUCUUUGGAAGGAUUGGUCUGUUGGCAGCCACAUUUUCAACGUACAUAGCGACGACUCAUCCCAUUCUGACGAGUUUCACAUUCGCCAUUCUUUCCAUCCUCGCCGCCAUUCUGCUGCUCUUGCUGCCUGAGACCAUCGAGAGACCGCUGCCUGAGACCAUCGAAGAAAUCGAGGACUGGAAGUACAACAAUCCGCAACACAAAAUAUUAGGAAGUUUUGAAAAAAUUUAA